AUGACUGGUGAAAUCAACUCGGCCUUUGAUCCAAAGGAGAUCCAUGACCGCCUCAAGGAUAUGAAUCGUUACAAUCCAGAGAAUCAACCUAUUCUCGAAGAGUACGUUCUUCAGCAAGUGCGAGAAGGCACUUACGACUUGGACGCGAAUAUGGCGCUGCUGAAGCUUUAUCAAUUCUAUCCGAAUUCAGUUCGGCACGAGAUUGUUUUAUACGUUCUUCUGAAAGGAAUGAUGGUUCUUCCCGAGCCCGACUUUGUCAUGUACAAGGCCCUUCUUUCCAACUUGAACGACGAUGACAUGGACCAGAGCAUCAGAAGAUCGCUGGAAAUCCACAAGCUUUUGGAGCAAUGCAACUUCCCGAAAUUCUGGGAAGCACUACAGACUGAGCAUGACAUGAUUGCUGAGUUUGCUGGCUUCGAAGACGCUAUCAGACAUCAUAUUUGCGGUGUCAUCACCCACAGCUUUCAGCGACUGAGCCGAGAUAUCGUGAAGGAGUUCCUCGGUCUCCAAAAAGACUAUGAUUUGAAUGAGUGGAUCGAGCGAUUUGGAUGGUCAAGCGAGCAGAGUGUUAUUUUUGUGGCUAGUCAGGAAGAUAAGGUCAAGUCGAAGAGUAUCGUUGAGAAGGUCGAUUUAUCCGGUUUGGUGAGCGUAAUGCGGCUUGGUGCUCGAAAAUCGGGUCGAUAUAUAAUGGUUCACGCUUCGGCGAUUUACAUUUUGGACCUGAAAGGCAAAGUCCUCAUCUCGCGGAAUUAUAGGGGAGAUAUGCCUUUAAACAUCAUUGAUAAGUUUCCUAAAAUGAUAAUGGAUAGAGAAGAAGAGGGCACACUCACUCCUGUCAUGACAGACGAUGAUGUGACCUUCAUUCACAUCAAGUGCAAUAAUAUUUACGUUGUUGCCGUUACACAAGGAAAUGCCAAUGUGAUGUGUAUUGUAUCAUUUAUGCACAAACUCUGCCAAGUUUUCGCCGAAUAUUUCAAAGUCGUCGAAGAGGAAUCCAUCAGAGAUAAUUUUGUUAUCGUUUAUGAGCUACUAGACGAAGUGAUGGAUUACGGGGCACCCCAGUUUACUGAUUCAAAGAUUUUGCAAGAAUUCAUUACACAAGAAAGCCACAAGUUAGAAGUAACCGAAGUAAGGCCACCAUCAACUGUAACGAACGCCGUGUCAUGGAGGUCAGAGGGAAUCAAAUACAGGAAAAACGAAGUCUUCUUGGACGUGAUUGAGUCAGUCGACCUGUUAGUUUCCGCGACUGGAAAUGUUCUCCGUUCAGAGAUUGUUGGUGCCAUUAAAAUGCGCGUUUAUCUGUCGGGAAUGCCUGAACUACGAUUAGGUCUCAAUGAUAAGAUCCUCUUCGAAUCGACUGGAAGAUCAAAAAAGAAGUCCGUUGAACUAGACGAUGUAAAAUUCCACCAAUGUGUGCGUCUUUCGCGAUUCGAUAACGACAGAACGAUAUCGUUUAUUCCUCCAGAUGGCGAGUUCGAACUGAUGUCGUAUCGUCUUCAGACUCAAAUUAAACCACUCAUCUGGGUAGAAAGCCAUAUUGAGAAGCAUGCUCAUUCGAGGGUAGAAAUCAUGGUAAAAGCGCGAUCGCAGUUCAAACGCCGCUCAACAGCCAAUAACGUUGAAAUUAUCGUCCCGGUCCCAUCAGAUGCUGACUCGCCGAAAUUCCGGACGACGACGGGGAGUUGUAGAUGGUUGCCUGAAAAAUCAGCUGUUUCGUGGCAGAUAAAAAGCUUCCCGGGCGGAAAAGAGUUCCUUAUGCGCGCUUCCUUUGGACUUCCUUCUGUAGAGUCUGACGAGAUCGAGGGAAAGCCGCCAAUUCAAGUUAAAUUCGAAAUUCCAUACUUUACUGUUUCCGGCAUUCAAGUUCGUUACCUGAAGAUUAUCGAAAAGUCCGGUUAUCAAGCUCUUCCAUGGAUGGUCGAUCGAAUCAUCAGUGUUCCAAAUUAUAAGAAUACUUUGCUUGACAUCUUGAACAAGCAACGCUGCCCAACAACGCAAGAUGAGUUCAAGCAAAGCACCUGUGAUGUGUACAUCAGACACUACGACUCUCAUGACGAAGCAAUUUACUUAGCUCAUUCGGCAGUGAUUACCGGCAGUUCUGAUUUUUUCAAAGAACGAUUUCUGUCAACCAAAAUGCAAGCAGCAGAUGGUCGACGAAUUAUUGACCUUCCCGAUGAACUCGAUAGGAGGUGCAUCGAUAGAAUUUUGGAUUUUAUGUACACUGGGAAGAUUGCUAUCCCAGAAAAAAGUUUUGAGCUCCUAAAAGUCACGAAAUUCUUGAAUAUCAGAUCCCUGAGCGGAGAAGUCUUCGAUCAAAUACCAAGCUCCUACGAAAAGAACGUCUCCUAUGCGCCAUCUGCAAUCGACGUUUCGGAUUUUAUUAGCGAAUACGCUCACCAGAUGAUGAGGGAGGAAGAAGCUCGCAUUCAAAAAAUGAUUCGGGAGAAGAAACCAAUGAAAAACCCGCGAGUAGAAAGAAGAUCAAGUUUGAUUGCCGACGGAUUUAAAGAGUGGACUUCACUCGCGCAGAACGAGGAAGUGAAAGAAGCGUCCGAAAAACAGAAUGAAGUGACACUUCCGCCGGGAAAGACUGCUAUAUCUGUUCUGCAGGAGAUGAUGCAGAAGAGGGGCGCUUCUGUUCCUAUUUAUAAAACUAAGGGUGGAGCCGGACCGCCGUUUACGAUUGUUUGUCAAAUCGAAGAUAUGAGUACUGAAGCCUCGGGAAACUCUAAGAAAGAGGCGAAGCAUAGAGCAGCAUCAUCGAUGCUGAAACAGCUUCGCGAGAACGUUAACAGAGCUCCAGGCGCUCCCACUCAAAUUAGAGCACUGGAUUCGUCGAAGAGUCACUCUCAUGACGUGAGCGAAGUAGAACCAGAAGAGUGCUUGAAUCCGGUCGGCCUCUUACAAGAGUUGAUGCAAAAGAAUGGGCUCCCAAUACCAGAGUACACUCCUGGUAACGAAGGAUGUCCUCCAUUUUCGUGGCACGUGCGCCUACCACACACUGGCCAGAGUUGUACCGCUUCUGGUAAUAAGAAAGCAGAGGCCAAAGGAAACGCUGCUCGUCGGAUGAUAGCGCAGUUGAAGGAGCAUGGACUUCGAAAGCCAGAUAAUCAUAGGCAGUCCGACAAUCACGAAGUUAAUCGUCAUCCUGUUACAGAGUUGCAAGAGUACCUUCACCAGCGACACAUCGCGCCUCCAGUUUAUCAGUAUAUUCCACACGAUGGAGGCUAUGAACAUUUGAAGGAAUUUACAUGUAAAUGCACAAUUGAUGACCUAGCUCUAGAAGUAAAAGAGCGACGGAAAAACCAAAAGAUCGCACGCAAAGCAGCUGCCACUCAAAUGCUCAAGCUAAUACGACAAGAGCUCGAAUGCACAAAACAAUUAUCGAAUUGA